AUGGCGAACGUGAUGUUGACGACAUCGAUGAUCGGGGCGAUGCAGAACGUCAUGAGCCACCGCGGCCGAGGUGGGUCCACUGGUUUGACUGCUUGGGACACUGACGUUCAUGCGCUUCGUGAGGUUGGUCUGCUGAUACAUGAAGAUCGCGAAGGGCCGGUGAAUUUGAUUCACGUGCCAUCUGCCACGCACUCCGUGGCCUGCUUGACGACUAGAUCGAUUUCGUGCGGCACGGCAGAGACAACGGCCAUCAGCGAGCGCAGCAAGCACAUCGAAGUGCGGCACCAUUGGAUUCGCCAAGUCAUUGUAGCUGGCCGCCCGAGCGUCCACCACGUUGGUAGAGCCGACCAACUCGCCGACGCACUCACUGAGAUACCGACCCGGCACUCAAUCGACAACUUCAAGACCCCCAGGUCCCCCCAAUCAGGAUCAAGGAAUCAAAAGGUCGACCAAUCAAGGCGCGUCGUGUGCUCGUUCUACUGGCACUUCUCGUCCUCAGAGAAUGUCGUCUCCACCGGGAACGGCUGGUCUGGGGCUCCGACGCACCGUCUCUCAAGAGUGCAAUACGCACCCACGAUGUCGUUGCCGUUCGCGGCCUACCCCCCAGAAAUCGCUGCCGUUCAGCGGUUGGGUCAGCACCUGGGCAAUCAAGUGCAGGCAGCUGUCCACGAACAAUCCGCGCGGCUGGACGACGCGCAGAAUGCUGUCGGCGCCCAGACGCGACAUACCUACGAGCAAAUGGUGCACCUGCACCAUCAAUAA